CGUGUGUAUAACAAAUUAAAAAAAAAUCGCUUGUACCGAAACAUACCAAACGAAGACAAACGGAUAAACCAAAAAAAAAAAAUGUUUUAAAACGAUAAGCAAGCUACAAAACAUUUAUAAAGGGAAAUUGAUUAAUUUUGACAAAAAAUCACUAAGCGGAAAAAAACAAGAAAUUUUUAAAUGAAAUAAAAGAAAAUAAGCUCUAAUUUCAGUGUUUCGAUUGUGUGUGUGUGGUUGUAUUUCUCAGGAGUGCCAACAUAUGUACAAGUUUGAAAGGUUUCUAUUUCCAGAACAAAAGAAAAAAAAAAUGUUUUGAAUUAAUGGUUUUAAGUAAAAAAAAAGAACCAACAAAAUCCUUCACAAAUCCUUAGCUAAUGACAAAAACAAUAAAAACUAAAGGUAAACUAAAGACAAUCGAACAGCUAACGAUUUAUACAACAAAUAAAAAGUGGUCAACGAACGAAAAUAGAAAUGAAACAAAAUGAAAUCAAGACACUAUAGAAAGGGCCCGGGACAAUAGCAACAAAGACAGCUUAAGCUUCGAUACCCCAAAUAAUCGCCCUUACUACGCUGGCAAACGAUUACGUGUCAUCGAACAUCAAACAAAAACAAAAAAACAACAACAAAUAUAAAAGUGAGGAAGAAAAAAAAAAUAAAGAAAAAAAAAACUAUUACAAGUAAUUGCAAGUCUGCAAUCGAAGCUGUUUAACCUUUAAAACAGCUGUUUUAAGUGUGUGGGAGAGGGGAAAAAGCUUUUUUUCUCACCAUAGCGAGAUAGGGGUUUGCAUCGUGUCGUAGGCGAUUCGUAAACCUAGUAUGCAGUUGGUGCAUGGCUUUAUGAAACAAGCAUGUUAUACCAAGAAUAAAAACUACAAUUAAAGAAUAAACGAAAAAGCAAAAUCGUGUAAAAAUAACGAAAACGGACACGACGACGUUUGCGACUACGACUACGAAAACCACCACAACUACUACAUUUGCACUUAAAUCUUUUAUUUUAUUCGCCAAACAUUGUCCUUCGUUUUGUUUUUGCUACCAUGGAGGCUACACCGAAAGUACAUCGUCAUCGCCCACGACGUACGGAGUCACGUCAUAGGCGCACGGAACGCCAAACCAACAGCAGUACAUCUGACAGCAAAUCGCCCGCUCGUUGCAACACCACCACCACCACCACUGAUAUACUGAAUGUCGAAGCUGGUAUUGGCUGCUCCUCUAGAUCCGCUAUGGCUCAGGGUUCCUCAGCAGAUGCUUUGAUUGCCGCUGUGGCCACGCGUCUCAUGCAGGAGCAUGAACGUCAAACCUCCACCGAAACGGAUACGGUGGCAAGCGGCAGUGGUGGCGGAGGUGGUGGAGGCCACAGUUCCAGCCAAACGUCUCAGCAAACGGUGGUGCUGGUGAACGGUCAUGCCCCCCAAGAGCAUACAGCAAACGAGAAUGCUGCAAGUGAUUCGCAUACGCAUGUCAACGAAAACAACGAUCUCAAUAAACCCUCAGCCGAAGCUGAUGCCAGUGAGCUGUGUACGGGUCCGCCCGAUGGACCCAGCAGUAGUCGAAAUUCCUCCGGAGAUGCCAUGAGCUUACGCGAAACUCUACAACAAUUACCUCCCACCAUAACAACGCAUAGACAUAGACGCACACUAUCGCCUCAUUCGCCCUCGCGAAGAGUUCUGGAGACGGCGGCGGAUGCCUCAUUUCAUCGUGGCAUUUUAGGUUUCAUGGAUCGCGAACUGAAACAGUCCUCGCCCACACCUUCGGCCCUGAGUGCCGGCAGUGGGGGUGCUGGGCGUAAACAUCAAUCGUUAUCCGAUCCCACAGCAAGUCCGGCCCAACGAUCGGUAAGAUCUCGCAGUAGUUUGGAGAAGAGUCCACGACGCAAACGCAGUAAAUCGGAAUCCCGGCGAAGGCGCGAACGUAAACUGAUAGCUGCGGGCGAGAUGGAAGUGCGUCAGGCGAAUGAGACAUUAAUGCGUUACCUCAAGCAGUGUUCGGAAAUGAAUGAUGCCUCUUUGUCGGGCGAAUUGGAAAUCGAUCAGAGUUUGGAGGAGCGUAGAGUGCAUCGAAAGACGAAAUCUCAGCGAAAUAAAAGGGGACACAUAAUAAGUAAAUUCUAUGCAGCAAGUGGCUUAACAUCCUUACUGAAAGAGCUUUCCGAUGACAUUAUACCAGCCGAAGGUGAAGAGAUUUACAAUCCAUUCACACCGGUCGUCUCACCCACAGAUGAUACGCCCGCGCACAUUGACAAAAUGUUCAUGCAGACGUCAUCAGGAUAUCGACCAGUUGAGCACUGCUACUAUAAACACUCGUUUAUGCGUUCCGGUGGUAUGAGUGGUCGCAUUGGCUCCACUGCAGGCAGUGGAGCUGACCUGCUCCAUGACGGCUGUCUCAGUCGCGGCAGUGGUGUAGCCAGCACAGCAGGCGGGGGCGGUGAUGGCAGUGGUGGUGGAAUUGGCUCGGCUGGUGCCGGCUUUGCAUUGCGCGCAAGUGGUAGUUAUGGUGAUACGCGUUGUUUGCUUGAUGGUGAAUAUUAUGGGCACGAAAUUACCAGCAACAUACAAUUGGCCUGCUUGACUCAACGAAUUUGGCUAUUACUCUCUAAUAUAUGUCAUGGCCUGCUAGCUGGCCUAGCAUUGGCCCAUCUACUCUUUGUUCUCAGCACCCAUCCCCUGGAAUGGUCCAAAGUUCUAAGUCUUGCAGGCGAGACAACAUCUACCCAAUUAGGCGAAGGUCCUGCCGCAACUAUGGAAACUUUAAAUUUGAAUGAUGACUUGGCGACGGGGUCGACUAUAAUACCUCCUGCGUCCAGUAGUGUAGUGAGAAUGGAAUAUGCUUCCUUUGCCAAUUGCUAUAUCAACACUUUCUAUUGUUUGGCCAUAGUGUGCAUGGUGUCUGUAUUGGAUAGAAUGGACAUAUGUCGUUGGAAUUUAUCGAAUGCCUCAGAGUUAAUUUCGUUUCGUUGGUUGAUAAUAGCAAUGAUUUACAUAGCAACAAUAAUACUGACCAUAUGCUCGGACAAUAUUGAUGAGAGGCUAUACUAUUCGAGCAACAUGAAUGUGACGUUAACGCAAGAUGAAAUGUUAACCAACAACAUAAUAUCCAUAUGGAGCAGCCUGUCGGUGACCCGCAGCAUUGGAGCCAUAUGUGGCUGGAUUAUGAUUGGCCUGACGCCACACGAAGACUUCCUUUAUGAACAUUUAUUAGAUUUAGCACGUUAUCAAAUGACAAAUAAUUAAGCUGAUCUUAGUUUCUCAUCAAAGUUAAAUGUAAAAAAUUUUCGUUUAAUUGUUUUGAAAAAUUAAAAAAUUUAUUACAUUUAUUAUUUUUAAGGCAUUUGUGAUGUUAAUUUAAUUAAAACAAUCUAAUUUAUACUUGGUGUGAUGUAAAUAUGUACUGAUUAUUAUGUAAUGUAAAUAUUUUGCUUAGAUAAGAAAGAAUUUACACAAAAUUUAAGUUUGAGGUGAAAAUAUUUUCAACGGUUUAAAACUAACAAAAUUUAGUAAAUUUUUGUGAUUUUAUUUAUUUCAAGUCCGUCUUAUGUUGAUCCGUAUUUCGUAAACAUUUUCAAUAAAAAGAAAAAUAUUAAUUUUUGAAAAGUAAAAAUUGUUCGAUGCAGCCUUUAAGACAUUUGUUAUUGAUUGAUAUUUAUUUUGUUUGGUAAAUUUAUAUUAAAAUUGUUUGAAAAAAAAACUACAGUUUCCUAUUAUCUUAAGAAAUAAUUAUAGCAUUUUUUUUUAAUUACAAAUUAGUUUAUCUUUAUGUUUUGCCGAAUUUUUACAAAUAAUUCGUCUGAGUGCCAACAAUUUUUAAGUUUGAGCACCACAUGAGGUUGUUUGAGACCUUAUUGUACCUUCAACGGAAACUUAUUGUUGCAGCUUAGUCUAUCGCUUUAUACAUUGCUCACCGCACACUAAGACACCGAGUUUUUCAAAGUGUUUUCAAGGUCUAGUCUAUCUGUUUCUAGUCUAGGUGGUACAUAGGGGCGUAUGGUUUUUAUGAAUGAAUUUGCGGUAAUCAUACGCAAGGUGGGUCUGAGUAAAUUACAUUACCGAUCUCUUUGUUGAGAGCAAAUGGAUUUUCAAGAAUGAACGCAUAUUUCAAUAUUUGAGACAUUUGCCCGAUAAUUUUAAUGAUCUUCUUUUUUUUGCCCUUUCCAUAUUUUUUUUUUGUUUUCUUUAAAUAAAAAAAAAUUUUGUUUAUAUCAUAUAUAUACAUAAUUAAGCGGUAUAAAAUAAUAAAUAACAAUUAUAACCUAGAAACCCAAAUAAAAAAACAAUUAGUAAAAGUUUUGAAUAAAAGGACAGCUUUAAUUAGUAAACCAAAGGUUUUUAUGAAAAAUAAACCCCUAAAAAAAGUCCAAGCAAAUCCCUAUAAAACCAAUAACGAGAGAGGCAACAACAACUUAAAUAAAAAAAAACAACUAUUGUAAAUGUAGAAUCAUUACAAAACCAAAUGCCCUUCAAAGGCCGCUAGAAAUCAAAGUUUGAUUUUAAAACAAAAAAAAAAAAAAAA